AUAAAAUUUUAUUUUCAACUAUUAUCGGCGUUAACCGCUAGCGAACUAUUUUCGCUGCAGUUCUUAGUGAUUCCUUUCUUUUUUUUGUUUUUUUUUGAAUUAAACUUUUUUGAUCCUGUCGCCAAAAAUACCACCAAAAUAUCUUCAUUCGAAGAGGAUUAUAGGGCUGAUCGGCCCAUGGUGCAACGUGCAUCUUCCACAGAUGCACCCGCACCACCCGCCGUAUCGGGCAGCGGUCAUCGUGAGUCUCGUUUCGGUCUGGGCUAUACGUCAUAUCAAAGUGGAUACAAUAAACUAUUUACACAGGGUUCUGCCGACUCCAAUUACUCACAACCGUCAUCCGAUCUGUCGCUAGACGAGGAAAAAGAAUCGCUUCGGCGAGAAAAAGAACGUGCGGCCUUAAGCCAGUUGGAUAAAGCGAGAAGUAAACCUGUAGCGUUCGCUGUGCGAACAAACGUUGCCUACGAUGGUGCUAUCGAUGAUGAUUCGCCCGCCCAGGGCCGUGCCGUUUCAUUUGAGAUGCGUGAAUUUCUACACAUCAAAGAGAAAUACGACAAUAACUGGUGGAUUGGUAGACUGGUUAAAGAAGGCUGUGAUGUGGGCUUCAUACCCAGCCCCGUUAAGCUAGAACAUAUACGUGUUCAGAAUCAAACGCGACCCUCAAGACUGUACGGUACAAAAGGUUCAUCGAGUGGGAAUUUAGGCGGCGGACAAGCAGGUGCGGAGCCAUCACGAGGUAGCACACCCCCUAGCACACCUGGUGAUGAAUCAGAUUCCAUGGGACCAGGACGUGGUAAAUCAACGCUAGCCACCCCGCCCAAUAAGGAGAAACGUAAACCAUUCUUUAAAAAACAAGAGACCGCCUCCCCAUAUGACGUUGUGCCAUCGAUGCGUCCGGUUGUUUUAGUGGGUCCAAGUCUGAAGGGUUACGAAGUAACCGAUAUGAUGCAAAAGGCUUUAUUCGAUUUCCUGAAACAUCGUUUCCAGGGACGUAUCAUUAUAACACGGGUCAUGGCCGAUAUAUCGCUGGCGAAACGAUCGAUAAUGAAUAAUCCAUCGAAACGUGCGAUUAUGGAACGUUCCAGUAGCCGAUCAGAUUGCCUAAGUAAAGUGCAAGAGGAAAUUGAACGCAUUUUCGAAUUGGCGCGAACAUUACAGUUAGUGGUACUCGAUUGUGAUACAAUCAAUCAUCCGUCACAGCUAGCAAAAACUUCCUUAGCACCAACAAUAGUUUAUCUUAAAAUUAGUAGCAGUAAGGUUUUACAGCGUUUAAUCAAAUCUCGUGGCAAAUCGCAAGCGAAAAAUCUUUCAGUUCAAAUGGUCGCCGCCGAAAAACUGGCACAAUGUCCCCCCGAAAUGUUUGAUGUCAUUUUGGACGAGAAUCAACUGGAAGAUGCUUGUGAACAUAUAGCGGAAUAUUUAGAAACUUAUUGGAGAGCUACGCAUCCUGAUAUAAGAACGUCACCCUCAGUACCUAGACCGUUACCGCAGGAAGCGUCACCUACCACAGAUCAAGCACGAAUGGGUCCUACACCGCCCGUGGGCGGUAUUAUGGACGAAGAAACGCGUGACUAUAGAAUGGGUUCUAGCGAACGUGAGAGUAGUCGCGAACGCGAAGGCAGUCGGGAACGUGAUCGAGAAAGGGAUAGCGACUACGAACGUGAUUAUUGGGAUCGCGAAUUUACAAAGGGGGGUCGUACACCGCGCGAACGUCAACGUGACUUAGAAUGGGAACGUGAGAGAGCAAGAGAAUGGGAAAGAGAACGAGAUCGGGAUUGGAAUAGAGAAUUCGAUUGGGAUCAAGGCGGUGUUCCGUAUGCUCAUAGUCGUCGUCCGGCAACAGGACGUCAUCAUGGUUAUGAGCGUGAACGAUUUGAUCGUGAACGGGAACGGGAUCGUUUUGAGCGUGAACGUGAACGGGAACGAUUACAUGCUCGGGAACGUGAUCUGAUGCAGUAUGAUUUAAAUAGUGAAGAAUUAUUGGAUGAACGCAAUUAUGGCAUGGAUUAUCCUACCGCGAGGGGAGCAGCGAGCGGAGCUCAUGCUUCGCAUUUGGCGAGGGGCAGUCGUUUGAUGGAGGACGCUGAGCUGUUGCACGAAAGAGAUGAUUUAAGAGGAGGUCGUUAUGGUAGCGGUGCAACAGCCCGCAUUGAUCCACGCGAUUUGCCACCAUCAGCGCCUACUACAAGGCGCGGUCCACCCGUUGUCGAUCGCGAUGAAUACAGUCCACACAGAGGUGGUGGGAGUAGUAGGAGAAUGCUGAAUGCCAUGUAGGAAUCGUGGAUAUAGGGGUGGGAUCAGAUCGAUAAGUCAGGCAAGACGGCGACGGCAAUACAAGCUGCCUCAACGUCAAAGGUGAGAA